GCAUUUGUUCUAUGAACAUCACCCCAGAACCUCGGCAUCCAUCUCAAAGUUGGACACCUCCCUUACUUCAUGCCAGAUUCCAACACCACUGACUUCACCAACCCCUCCACCUUCAUCUUGCUGGGCAUCCCUGGCCUGGAGGGGAAACAUGUCUGGCUCUCCAUCCCCUUCUGCACCAUGUACAUCAUAACCCUCUUGGGGAACAUCACCAUCCUAUUAAUCGUGAAGAGGGAGCCGAGCCUCCAUGAGCCCAUGUACUAUUUCCUCUGCAUGCUGGCCAUCACUGAUCUGAUCAUGUCUACAUCCAUCCAGCCCAAAAUGUUGAGCAUCUUCUGGUUCAAUUCCAGGGAGAUCAGGUUCAGUGCCUGCCUCACCCAGAUGUAUUUUGUUCACUGCUUCUCUGUGAUAGAAUCUGGGAUCUUCGUGGCCAUGGCUUUUGAUCGCUACGUGGCCAUCUGUGAUCCCCUGAGACAUUCCACCAUCCUGACAAACCCUGUAGUGACCAAGAUUGGCCUGGCUGUGGUUCUGCGUGGAAGCGUGCUCCUUAUUCCCCAUCUCUUCCUGGCAAGGCAGUGGCCAUAUUGCAGAACCAACAUCAUCCCCCACUCCUACUGUGAGCACAUCGCCGUGGUGAAGCUGGCCUGUGCUGACAUUCCCAUCAGUAAUUACUACGGCCUCUCUGUGGCAUUUUUCAUUACCGGCCUGGACGUGUUUUUUAUUGCUCUGUCCUACACUCAAAUCCUCAGGGCCAUUUUUCACCUCUCCACAAAGAACGCCCGGCUCAAAACAUUUGGAACCUGCAGCUCCCACCUCUGUGUUGUCUUAGCUUUUUACAUCCCAGGUCUCUUCUCCUUCCUGACACACAGGUUUGGCCAGAAUGUGGCCCUGUAUUUCCACAUUCUCAUGGCCAACAUCUACCUCCUAUUGCCCCCCAUGCUAAACCCCAUCAUCUACGGGGUGAGGACCAAACAGAUCCGGGAAAAGCUCUUAUCUCCUCCAGGGUCCUUAAAUUUUCUCCUGGUGCUGUGA